AUGCCGGACAACUCAGCUACCUCAGGCGAGCCUGCCGCCGCCGAGGCCGCCGCCGCUGUCGCCAAGCUUCACCUCGACGAAGUGACGGGCGAGAUGAUCUCCAAGACCGAACUCAAGAAGCGCCAGAAGCAGCGUGAGAAGGAGGCGGCCAAGAAGGAGAAGGCUGCUGCGAAUCCAAAGCCCCAGGCUGCCAGCACCAAGAACGCUGAGGCUGCCGAGAAGGAGCUCACUCCCAACCAGUACCACAUCGAUUAUGAUAUCCGCAAGUUCGAGGACGAAUUCAAGCACCUCAAGAACGGCGAGACCGACAAGUCCAGGAUGAUCCAGCUGGCUGGAAGAAUCUAUGUCCGCCGCUCAGCUGGUUCCAAGCUUUUCUUCUACGAUAUCCGCUCCGACGGCACCAGACUUCAGGUCCUCGCCCAGGCCGACAACCUCGACGACAAGGCCCCCAGCUUUGACGAGCAGCAUGUCAACCUUCGAAGAGGUGACAUUAUCGGCAUUCGUGGAUUCCCCACCCGCACAAACCCCAAAACCAAGCAGGGCUCAGGUGAAUAUUCCGGCGAACUGUCGAUUGCUGCUGUCGAGAUUACUCUUUUGUCUCCUUGCUUGCACCAAAUUCCCGACGACCACUAUGGUUUCAAGAACCCCGAGACUCGUUUCCGCCAACGAUACCUGGAUCUCAUGAUGAAUGAGAAGUCUAGACAAAUAUUCAUCACCCGCGCCAAGGUCGACUCAUACAUUCGCCGCUGGUUCGACGAGCGUGACUUUGUCUCCGUGCAGACCCCUAUGCUCAACCCUAUUGCUGGUGGUGCCACGGCCAGACCUUUCAUCACCCACCACAACGACCUGAACAUGGAUAUGUUCCUGCGUGUUGCUCCCGAGUUGUAUCUCAAGAUGCUUGUUGUCGGUGGUCUCAAUCGUGUCUACGAGAUGGGACGACAGUUUAGAAAUGAGAGCAUGGAUCUCACUCACAACCCUGAAUUCACCACCCUUGAGUUUUAUAUGGCGUAUGCUGAUGUUUACGAUCUAAUGACCAUGACUGAGGAGCUUGUUAGCGGCCUGGUCAAGCACAUUCACGGCUCGUACAAGACCGUCUACCACACCAUCAAGGGCGAGGAAAUCAACAUCAACUGGGAGGGUCCCUGGCGAAGAAUUGAAAUGAUUCCCGCCCUCGAGGAGGCCGUCGGCGAGAAGUUCCCUCCUGCGGACACUCUCCACACCGAAGAGGCCAACCAGUUCUUCAAGAAGGUCCUGGCCAAGACCGGAGUCGAGUGCAGCCCGCCCCUGACCAACGCCCGUAUGCUCGACGCCCUCGUCGGCGAGUACCUCGAGUCCCAAGCCAUCAACCCCACCUUCAUCAUCGGCCACCCCAAGAUGAUGUCUCCCCUUGCCAAGGACUCCCGCACCACCCCCGGUCUCUGCGAGCGGUUCGAGGUCUUCGUCUCCACCAAGGAGAUUGUCAAUGCCUACACCGAGUUGAACGUUGCUGCCGAGCAGCGUCUCCGGUUCGAGGAGCAGGCCCGCCAGAAGUCCCAGGGCGACGACGAGGCCCAGAUGGCCGAUGAGACCUUCUGCCAGGCCCUCGAGCACGCUCUGCCUCCCACUGGCGGUUGGGGCAUGGGCAUCGACCGCAUGAUGAUGUUCUUGACCGACAACUACAGCAUCCGUGAGGUUCUUGCUUUCCCCACCAUGAAGCCCGAAUAA